CUCCCAUAGGUGGUUCCUUCGUUUCUGUGCAAACUGCAAAGACUUGAAUGAUGAACAAAGGCGGUGGUUCCGGUGGAGGAAGCGGACCGACGGCCGCCGCAGCCGCUGCUGCCUUACAGAAACAAAAGGCCUUGAUGCAGAGGGUAGAGACUGACAUCACAUCUGUCGUCGAUAACUUCACUCAAAUCGUCAAUGUCGCAAGGGUGAGUGAUCCACCAAUGAAGAACUCUCAGGAAGCAUACAUGAUGGAGAUGCGAGCGUCAAGAUUGGUUCAAGCAGCUGAUUCUCUUUUGAAACUCGUAUCGGAACUGAAGCAAACCGCCAUUUUUUCAGGAUUUGCAUCACUAAAUGAUCAUGUAGAACAAAGAACUGCAGAGUUUGAUAAAGAGGCCGAGAAGACGAAUCGAUUGUUGGCUAGAAUUGCUGAUGAUGCAUCUGCUAGUCUUAAAGAGCUUGAGUCUCACUAUUACUCUUCUGCUCAGAGAUUGACUCUAGACAUUUAAGGGGGUUUUAAAUCCGAGAAAAUGGCAUUUUGUAGGGUUUUUUCUUCUUAUUGCCAAAACUUUUAGGCUACUUUGUCUGAACAAACUCUGAUUUACAUAUGAACAUUUAACUUUGAAGCUAUAUUUAAUCUGAAAGACCUUUUCUUCCU